AUGAAUAACUCACAGGAGCUUAUCUCAGAGGGAAACUGCAAUCUUGAAGCCAAUUUCCAGUACUAUUUGUUUCCAGUCAUCUACAGCAUUGUGUUCAUUGUGGGCUUGAUCGGCAAUGUCACAGCCCUGUGUCUCUUGAUCAAGAAAAUGAAGAAAUCCUCCCCAUCUUACAUGUACAUUACAAACCUGGCUGUGGUAGACAUCAUUUACAUUUGCACCUUACCUUUCAGAAUCCACUACCAUGUUAAAAAGAACCACUGGCCCUUUGGGGAUAUAACCUGCCGGAUUACGGGCACACUCUAUUUUGCUAAUAUAUACAUCAGUGUUGCUUUUCUUAGCCUCAUUUGUAUCGACCGUUAUAUUGCAGUGGUCUAUCCGAGAAAAUACAUCAGGAUGAGGAGCACACACUGCUCAACGAUCAUCUCAGCUCUGGUAUGGAUCUUCUCCCUGACUGUUAUGCUUUCCCUAGUCUCUGGUGGCUCACUUACCUCCACCUUCAAAAACAACAUGACAGCUUGCUUUGAGAACUAUGAUCCAGAGAUCUGGAGCAACAGAAUGGCAGCCUACAACAUAGUGGUGCUUUUGUUUGGUUUUGUCAUCCCAUUCACCAUCAUCGUGAUAUUUUACCCUUUGGCAGCUAAGAAAAUAGCCCAGCUGAAAGGUGGUGUCCACAGGGAAAAGGCUUUGACAAUGAUUCGAGUCAUUUUGGUGAUCUCAGUUUUUUGUUUUGUCCCUUAUCAUGCCACCCAUUUGCUACAUUUCCUCACUCGCUUGAAAUUUAUUCAGAACUGUGCUUUCAGCAGAUUUGUCUACAAGUUCAGGAGAAUUACCAUGGCCCUUGUCAGCCUCAACAGCAUUUUAGACCCCGUGAUAUAUUACUUCACAACCAUUCAUUUUAAGUUAAAUUAUAAUAAACAAAAGAGGUCAAUUAAGCAAAUUUUACAUUAUGAUCGAGAUGAUGAAUUAGUUCGGCAGGAUAAAGGUGUUGCGUGGCAGAAAACAGAGAUCUGA